AUGGGAACGACAAUGGAUUCGACCGACUUGUACACACUUUGGAAGCAUGAUGAACAGUUACAACAUCGUCAAACAUUCGUUCCGUCGAUAUCAAAUGCAAUACCAUUCAAAUCUGAUUCGAGCAAAUUUCUUGUACCAUCGUUCAGUCAAGUUUUCUAUACCAAUGGCUAUUCGUCAAUGAAAGAAGAUCAUCAUUACGAAAGAACUUUAUUCGACGAAGAAAUGGAAGUACCAACUAUUGGCACCGAAAGAAAGAAUUUUGAUAUUGCUGAAACAAUCACCUUCGAUAUCAAUGGAGCAUCUACUCGUUUGCCAUUAAUGUGCAAAAUGAUUAUUUACCAGCAAGGUGCAGUGCAUGAACGUGAGCCACCGAUCAUUGUUCGUGAUGUAUGCGUGCAAUGGAACGGCCUCGACCGUCCUCGUAGUCAAAGCUCAGACAAUUUAACAUCUUUAAACGAUAGUACUUUACACCGAACAAGAAGCAGCGAUUAUUUACUGGAUGGAUCGGUGAAAUCUACCAGUAGAAAAUGUUAUCAGAACCGAAAUCGAUGUUUGUCAAUGGCAUCGUCGGUUACAGAAGAUGACGAUGAUGCGGCUUCGAUAAUCACGGCUGGUGGGACAAUACAACAUCGUGUAUCUCACUUACUACAACGUCACAAAUAUUCACGUCAGAUUGAUACGAAUAUCUUGGGCCGAAAUGAAUUCUAUUCGAUUCCAUUCUAUCAAUAUCGCGGACGUCGCUACGGGCAAAAAGAUGUCGCAACACAAACGAAUGAAUUGGAUAGUUUAGAUGAUACUCUGCGAUCAUCAGAUAAUUGUCCGGCAACGGCAUACUCAGUGACGAUUAUACUUUCUGUAAGUGGUGGUUCGAGAAGUUCAAGGCAUCCAAAAAUCUAUCAAGUCAAUAUUCCAAUGGAUAAUCGAAGCAACCAUACAACAGUUGGUUACAUAAAUACGAAACAGUUCGUAACAAUUAAACGGACGUUUCACGGGCAAGAUAUCGAUGUUUAA